AUGGCAGCUCACUAUCGAGACGAUAUUAUCCAUGGUAGAGACCAUCCCGAUACUCACGCAUCUGCAAAUCGCUGGCGCCACCAAGAAUCCACCGCAUUUUCUCAACAUGCAGCUUCCGCACCUCGAGAAGCGGAUGGACGACAUGAAGGUGGUGGUUUGACUAAUUUUCUAAGAAAAUCGCGAGUGGAAGGUCAAGGUUCAUCUGGUCCGCAUAAACCAAUUAUGCUAGCUGGGAAUGCCCAAGGUGGAGAACUUGAAGCUGCAAGAAGGGAACAAGAGGAGUUGGAACAGAGAGAUGCCAUGAAUGGAAUACAAAGGGGAGGAGCUGGGGCAAUGGUUAAGUGCGGUCCUUUGCUUAAUUAUAGACGUAUGGAAAAUGAUGUUUGGUUUGGGAGUGUCUUGAUUGUGGUCGAUACACAGACAGUUAGUGAGGGUUGGGUACCGGAGUUGAGACUGAGAGUUUUGGAGAAUGGUCAGUCUACGCAAGGUGGUAUUGCAACUGGAACUCAAGAUAGGAAUUAUCGUGGUGAAGCGCAUGGAAUCAUUGAUGGCGUGGAUUACUCCCAGGAUCGAAACCCUACACAGUCAUCAAAUGCUUACAUACCAGAUAAUGCCGGACAAUCCGAUUCUUCCAGCAAUGCUGAUGAAGUCAAAAUUAGAGGAGUCAAGCUAUAUGCGGAUCUGGCAAACACUUUCUGGAGAUUUUAUCUCCAAGUUCCUAUGCAACAAGAAGAAAUCCAAUGCGAGUACACGAUUCCUGGGCUCACAUUUGCUGAAGGAGGAAAGACGGAUAGACAGAACUUUUUUAUACCAGCGGUUUCGGAGAGUAUGAGGGUAAUGUUUCAUUCUUGUAAUGGAUUUAGUGUGGGCACGGAUACAGAGGCUUAUAGUGGUGCUUGUCUUUGGAGAGAUGUUGCCAGACAACACGAGGAGGCUCCUUUCCAUGUUAUGCUUGGCGGUGGAGAUCAGAUAUACAAUGAUGGAAUUAGAGUCAAUGGACCUCUAAGACCUUGGAGUGAUAUCGGUAAUCCGAUAAAGAGAAGAGAACAUCCUUUUCCUGAAAAGUUGAGAAGAGAAUGUGAUGAUUAUUAUGUUAAGAAUUAUCUUCGCUGGUAUACGACUGAGCCUUUCGCUGCGAUGAAUGGAAAGAUUCCUCAAGUUAACAUUUGGGAUGAUCAUGAUAUCAUUGAUGGCUUUGGCUCGUACGUCGAUGAAUUUAUGCGUUGUCCAGUUUUCCGUGGUAUUGGUGGUGUUGCUCAUAAAUACUACUUAAUAUUCCAACAUCAUAUUGCACCUCCAGCAUCUACAUUCACAACUGAUUCACCUCAGACAAUGUCAGCAAAUGGAGUUGGCCUUGAUCCACGUCAGGUGGAGAACACAUAUGUGUUGGAGAAUGACGUCCCUGAUCCAAGUUAUAUUAUUGGUGAUAGCCCUGGUCCAUAUGUAGCAGAACGCUCUCGUAGCAUUUACGCAAGAUUGGGCGCGAGAAUCGCAUUCUUCGGUAUUGAUGCUAGAACAGAGCGUACACGUCACCAAGUGAACUAUCCUGCAACAUACAAGAAGAUUUUCGAUCGUCUAAGAGCAGAACUUACUGCUGCAAAAGCAUCUCCAAAUCCUGUUCAACACCUUAUUGUUUUGCUCGGAAUUCCUAUUGCUUAUCCACGUUUGACAUGGUUAGAGAACAUUUUUUCGAGCCCCUUGAUGGGCCCACUCAAAUUUAUGAACAAGCGAUUUGGGUUUGGUGGGAGUUUCUUCAAUAACUUUGACGGCAGCGUUGAUCUUCUCGAUGACCUUGAUGACCAUUACACAGCACACACCCACAAAAGAGAACGACACUACAUCGUCACACAGCUGCAAUCUCUCGCUUCCCAAUUUUCAGUACGCAUCACCAUCCUCGGUGGCGACGUACAUCUCGCGGCCGUUGGUCGUUUCUAUUCGAAUCCCCACUUGAAAAUCCCAGUCUCGAAAGAUUUUAGAUAUAUGGCGAAUAUCAUUUCUUCAGCUAUUGUUAAUAAACCACCACCCCAAGCCGUUGCAAAUUUAUUAGCUAGAAGAAAUAAAAUCCAUCAUUUGGAUAAAGAGACAGAUGAAACACUCUUAAGCUUCUUUGACAGAGACCCAGGUGAAGAUAAAAAGAGCGCUAAAAGUAACACCGUUACAAUGCCUAGUCGAAACUGGGCAAUCCUCACAGAGAACUCACGUUCCUCCGCAUCCUCAUCCAACCCUCCCAAUCAAAACACCGACAACCCAACCACAGACACAGAACUCGACCUCUACGAUCUCUCCCCCUCCGAAAUCCCAAAAGAUGGACAUUCCCCCCUUCAUCUAGGUGAGAAAGGAGCAGGUACCGCACAUAAAUCUGCAAAUCCGAGCGAACAUGGGAAAUCGGGAGAUGGUAGUUUGGAUGUCGUUAUUAGGGUUGAAAUGGAUCAGCAUGAUGCGGAUGGAAAGACUAGGGCUUAUGGCAUGUCGGUGCCGGUUUUGAGGUAUCAGGGCCCUCCGGUAGUGGUGGGUGAGGGGAGGAGAAGCUGGAUUGGUAGUAGAGGGAGUUGGGGGAGUAGGGGGAGGAGUGCGGGGGGAAGUGAGGGUGAGGUGCUUAGAUAG